UAACUACUUUUUUCAUGCCUUAAAAACUCACAACUUCUAUUUAUCACAACAUCCAAUUUUUGCAUUGCAGUUGCUUCUUUCUCACUAUAUUUUGGCGCGUAAAUGGAGUCUAGUGGAGUUAAGAGAUGGAUAGUGGCGGCGGUGGUGCUGAGCCUCCUCCACGGCAGCGUGUUGGCCGAGCCCCAAGUUCCGUGCCUCUUCAUAUUUGGUGAUUCUCUGGUUGACAACGGCAACAACAACAACAUCCAAUCUUUGGCUAAGGCUAAUUACUUGCCCUACGGAAUCGAUUUUCCCAAUGGCCCGACCGGCCGGUUUUCCAAUGGAAAAACCACAGUCGAUGUUGUGGCUGAAUUACUAGGCUUUGAUGACUACAUUCCGCCUUACUCGGCCGCCCGUGGCCAGCAAAUACUCCGGGGAGUGAACUACGCAUCGGCUGCCGCUGGAAUUAGAUCCGAAACCGGGCGGCAACUGGGUGGAAGGAUUGAUUUCACCGGACAAGUAAACAACUACAGGAAUACAGUCCAACAAGUAGUGAACAUUCUGGGAAACGAAUCCUCUACCGCAAAUUACCUAAGCAAAUGCAUAUAUUCGGUCGGAAUCGGCAGCAACGACUACCUCAACAACUACUUCAUGCCGCUCUACUAUUCCAGCAGCCGACAAUACACACCGGAGCAGUACGCCAACCUCUUGAUCCAACAGUAUUCCCAACAAUUAAAGAAUUUGUACAACUAUGGGGCUCGUAAGUUUGCGUUGAUCGGGAUCGGGCAGAUCGGGUGCAGCCCAAACGCCCUGGCCCAGAACAGCCCCGAUGGAAGGACGUGCGUGAAGAGAAUCAACGACGCCAACCAGAUAUUCAACACCAAGCUCAGGGGAUUGGUGGACUCACUCAACCGAAACACGCCCAACGCCAAGUUGAUCUACAUCGACGCCUACGGAAUCUUCCAGGAUCUUAUCCAGAGCCCGUCGUCCUUCGGCUUCAGCGUGACAAAUGUAGGGUGCUGUGGAGUGGGGAGGAACAACGGGCAGAUCACGUGCCUGCCAGGGCAGAGGCCGUGCAGGAACAGAAAUCAGUAUCUGUUUUGGGAUGCAUUCCAUCCCACGGAGGCGGCCAACACCUUCGUUGGGAGACGAUCGUAUCGCGCCCAAAAGGCUUCCGACGCCUAUCCUUACGAUAUUAGCCGCUUGAUGGAAGCAAAAAUAACGAAAUUAUCUAUUUUUUACUAUUAUAUGUUACUAGUAUAUUUGAUUACAAAAUGUGAUGGGAAGAUACAACAAGUUCCUUGUGUUUUCUUUUUUGGGGAUUCUCUUACUGAUAAUGGAAAUAACAAUUUUCUAGCAACAGUGGCCAAAGUAAAUCACACCCCUUACGGGAUCGAUUUUCCAGCCGGUCCCACCGGCCGAUUCUCCAAUGGCAAAAAUAUACCCGAUUUUCUCGCCAAGAGUUUAGGAUUUGAGAAAGCUAUUCCUCCAUUUGCAAUUGCAAAAGGUACCAAGAUUCUGAAAGGUGUGAAUUAUGGAUCGGGAGGAGGUGGAAUCCUGGAUGAAUCGGGAAGUCAAUUGGGUGAUGUUAUGAGCAUGAAGAAGCAGGUGAUUAAUCAUGGAAAAACGGUGGCCGAUAUCACGCUUUUACUUGGAAACUCAGCUCGUGCAAGAGAUCACCUCAAUAAAUGCUUAUAUGUCUCCAAUAUAGGAAGUAACGAUUAUAUCAACAAUUAUCUUUCCCCCAAAUAUCACCUUUCUAGCACUUUGUACACUCCACAAAAGUUUGCAACAAUUUUGACCAACCACUACCGUCGACAAAUUAGGAGGCUGUACAAGUAUGGAGCAAGGAAAGUAGCGAUUCAUGGGGUGGGUUCAAUUGGAUCCUUGCCUCAAUUCCGGUCUACCAAAGAGUUCAUCGACUCCACCAAUCGAAUCAUCCAACAUUUCAACCAUAGGCUGCCGCCGCUCGUCGACGCCCUCAACGCCCGUCUCCGUGGGGCGCAAUUUAUCUUUAUAAAUACCACAAACAUUGGUCAAGGGGAUCCUUCAACCAUAGGUAUAAAAGUUGUAGAUGUCCCAUGUUGUGUGGUUUCAAAACAAAUAGGACUAUGUGAUGCUGGAAAAAAACCAUGCAACAACAGAAAUGAGUAUUAUUUCUGGGAUAAUUUUCAUCCCACUGAAGCUGCAAAUCAAGCCAUGGCUGCACGAUCGUACGCUGCGGCCUCGCCUGCUGAUGCUUACCCGACCGACAUUCGUAAUCUCGUCCGAAGAAAUUAACAGUUUUUUUUUCCUUUUCAGACUAAUUGUCAUGGUUUCGUGUCUGUUUUCUGCAAAGUGUGGAAUAAUAUGUAUG